AUGGCUUCCAAUAUUUGUCUCUAUUUGUUGUUCUCAACAAUCCUUCAUUUUAUCACAUUGGCUCAGUCUGAUAAUUUCAUCAUUCACAUGGAUUUAUCAGCUAUGCCUAAAGUAUUCUCAGAUCAACAUAGUUGGUAUCAUUCCCUUCUUUCUCAAGUUACUACUACCAACAAUAAUCUUAGUUCUGCUUCUUCUAAAAUGAUCUAUACAUAUAAUAAUGUUAUGAAUGGUUUUAGUGCUAAUCUAUCACCUCAAGAUCAUGAAUCUCUUAAAAACUCUCCUGGUUAUGUUUCUUCUAUACCUGAUUUACACUCGAAACCUGACACAACACAUACACCUCAAUUCCUUGGCCUUAAUCCUUACAAAGGAGCAUGGCCAGCUUCUGAGUAUGGCAAAGAUUUCAUUGUUGGUUUAAUUGACAGUGGUGUUUGGCCAGAAAGUGAAAGUUUCAAAGAUGAUGGAAUGACAGAAAUACCUUCCAAAUGGAAAGGGAAAUUAUGUCAAUUUGAUAACUCCGAUCAUUCAUCUUUGUGCAACAAGAAACUCAUUGGUGCUAGAUACUUCAACAAAGGCUUCUUGGCGGAAUAUCCCGACAUUCCUUCACCAAAUACAAACACCACGCGUGACGUUGUGGACGGUCAUGGAACGCAUACUUCAACAACGGCAGCUGGAAGCAAAGUUGAUGGUGUAUCUUUCUUUGGUUAUGCAAAUGGAACUGCAAGAGGAAUAGCCUCAUUGUCUAGAGUAGCCAUGUACAAGGCUAUAUGGGGGGAUGAAAAAGAGCCAAUUGCACUUUCAUCUGAUAUAAUAGCAGCAGUGGAUGCCGCAUUAUCAGACGGUGUCGACGUUCUUUCGAUGUCACUAGGCUUUGACAAUUUAGCUUUAUAUGAAGAUCCAGUUGCAAUAACCACAUUUGCAGCUAUGGAAAAAGGUGUUUUUGUGGCUACUUCAGCAGGUAAUGCUGGAUCUUCCUAUAAAACUGUACACAGUGAAGCACCUUGGGUGAUAAACGUUGCUGCCGGUACUUCGGAUCGCGAAUUCCAUGGAAAUCUUACACUUGGAAAUGGAGUUUCACUCACAGGCCUUUCUUCUUAUCGAGGAAAUUUCUCUGCUACCAAUAUCCCAGUUGUUUUCACGGAUACGUGUGACAAUUUUCAAGAACUAGUCGCAUUUAAGAACAAGAUUGUAGUUUGUGAAGAAAAGAAUGGAUCUCAUGUUGCUAGUCAAUUUUCUAAGGUAGCUUCUGCAGAAGUAGUUGGAGGUGUACAUUUUAGUUGA